UGGUUUGCGAUUAUAAUUUGCACUUUGUCUAGACCCACAGCAGCCGUAUCGCUAAGAUUGAGCUAUUUAUAAUACUACAAUAAUGGCGAUCCAUUUAUUUUAAAACUACGAUUGGUAGACUUCUUAAACAUUUCCGAAUAUUGGAUCAGAAUUUUACAUGUAUAAUUACCAUGAACUAUAUUAUGUGCAUAAUUUACAUAGAUAAAGCAAUUAGAAGUACUUAAGUAUCCCAUAAAACUACGAAUAGAGAAUCAUCGAACAUUUAAUUUGUGACUCCGUAUUCCCCCGUUGCGUAUAGUCACGUUCAUAACUUGUACGAGUAUUUUACUAAAAAUAUUUUAACCUAGUUUAAACAAAAAAAAACAUAACAUAACUAUACUCGUACAUACUUAAAUGAGUAAAUAUAUAUUUUAUCUUUGGACAAAUUUCUCAUCCUUAAGUAAGCAACUAGGGAAUCGAACCCGGGACCUCUCGGCAUAGUAGUCCGUUCGACAAAGAAAGACAAGCGAGAACAUUGUAAGUACACCAAGCUAGUUAUUCAGGAACUGAAAAGUUGCAAAACGGGAAAUAUUAUUCAAACCAUUUUCACGCGUACGAAGUCACCGGCACAGCUAAGUAAGUAGUGAAAUUAUAAUAAAUUUUCAACAAAAAUAGACUAAUGCUGUCGACUGUACUUCAUGGAAAAAACAAGGACAAAAACAGACAAAAAUUAAGUAGGUAUACUUACAUACAUCGUACAGUUAAUUUACUUCCUCAGUUGUUCAAAUACAAACUUUAGUCUUUCCUAUUUAAUAUUUAUUUAAUUAAACGAAAAUUAUAUAAAAGUUGGUUACUUUUGGCAUUGUACAGUGCUGAGUCUGACUUCGUAACGACUUAAAUACGACAUAUUUUUGGGGUGAGUAUGAAAAGAGAAUAGUUAAAUGAUGGGAAGUGACUAAAAAGAAUUGUUAUGGGGCUCUACCUCGAAAUAAAUCACAAUAAUAACCACCGUUCGUAACAAUCUUCGGGUCGUUAAAAAAACUUGAAUUUGACAGGUUUUCAGAUUACAAAAAUACAGACCUUCAAUACAAACUCUUCAUAAUAAUUUAGUGUUUAGGUCUCUCCAACCUGUCUGUGUAUAGAAUUCACUGCACACCUGGCGGCCGUGACGUCACAUCGACGCUCUGGUACGAACUGGACGUCCUCCUGUAGUCUCCACUACAGGACUCUUGCAGUGGAGACUGUGAUCUGAUGAUUAUUAUUUUCUUCUAAUUACACCUUUUCCCAUUUCAUUUGGGGUCUAUAUCAAUAUCCUGAUGUCUUUUUACUAUAGUUACCGACAACCUAAGCCGCAGAGUCAACAUGGUGGACGCAGCGCUAGGGUUAGCUGGGCUGAAGACAAUCCAAGCUACGUUGAGUGCACUGUCGCUACUUCAUUUGACGUCCCAUCGAUUCCCGCCUGCAGCCUCACUUACAGGAAACCUAGAGUUUGACUAUGUGGUGAUCGGAGGGGGUACAGCAGGCAGCAUCGUUGCCAGCCGGCUGUCUGAAGACCCUAAUGUCACCGUGGCCAUCAUAGAAGCUGGAGGUGACCCUCCUCUUGAAUCCGUGCUUCCAGGCCUCUUCACGCUACAGCCGUUAGCCAGUUAUGACUACAAUUACCUAGCUCAAAACAAUCACUACACAUCCCAAAACAUCAUGAAGCAUAAGCCCGGUAUGACCGCUGGCAUGAUGCUUGGAGGAACCAGUGCCAUGUCCCACACUUUUCACUUAAGAGGAAACCCUCACGACUUCGAGAAAUGGGCAGAAGUGGCAGGAGAUGACUCCUGGAACUACGACGGAAUGUUGCCAUACUUUAUUAAAAGUGAGAGGAUUAACGAUGCUGAAAUUCUCAACGGACCUACCGCAGACCUCCACGGAACCACUGGCAACAUCGGCCUGACCAGACAAUUCGAUAACACCAACAACGACUACAUUGAGGCCUUCAAAGAAAUAGGAUACGAUUACAACCCUGAUGUCAACAGCAAUAAUAACCUAGGAGUAAGUUAUCCAUACCACCUUAUCUUUGAUGGGACGAGACAAGAUGGCGCCGAGUCGUACCUCAGUCCCGCAAAAAACAGGGACAACCUUUACGUUUUUAAACAGACGACAGCGACGAAAAUCAUCUUUGAUGACGACAAGAACGCAGUAGGAGUGCAAGUGACCGCCGGCUUGUUCAAGAAGGCCACGAUAAAAGCGACUAAAGAAGUUAUACUGGCCGCAGGAGUAGUCAAAUCUCCUCAACUGCUGAUGUUGUCUGGUAUAGGGCCAGCUUCACACCUAAAAACCUUCAAUAUUCCAGUCCUAUCUGAUUUGCCAGUGGGGCAGAACUUGAGAGAUCGCGUAGGAUUAGUCGUUCCUUUCAAAAUGCAGGCUUCAAGCGCUCUCACUCCUAUAUCAGACCCUACCAAAUUCCCUGUGCCAGUGACAGUAGGCUACAAAGCUUUGAACGAGUCGCAAUCGUAUCCAGAUUUUCAGACACUCAAUUUAGUAUUUCCUCACGAUUCCUCAGGCCUUCUGAUGAUCUUAUCCAACGUGGUCAAAUACGAAAAUGACAUCGUUGACAGAAUUUACAGCAAUAAUAAAGGCCAUGACUUGUUACUGGUGACAGUCAGCAGUGGGCAUCCAGAAUCGACUGGAGAACUUCUUUUAAAGAGUAAAGACCCAUCUGACACCCCGUCUAUUUCUUCAGGACACUUCAGUAAUCCGAAAGACUUGGACCAAAUGGCUGAGUUCUUGCUAGAUUUAUCCAGGCUAGUGAACACGACGUACUUCAAGAAUGUUGGGGCGGAGCUGGUGGAUCUCAAUUUGAAGGAAUGCAGGAACAUUCAGAAGAAUACUGUUGAGUUUUGGAAAUGUUACGCCGUGGGUAUGUCCUCAACUUUUUGGCAGUACUGUGGAUCAUGUUCCAUGGGGUCUGUGGUGGAUUCCAAGUUGAAGGUCAAUGGUGUAAGAGGUCUAAGAGUGGUAGACGCUAGUGCCAUGCCUUCUCUGAACAGCGGUGAGAUUCUAGCAGCUGUAAUUGCCUUUGCUGAGAAAGCUGCUGAUUUGAUCAAGGAUGACUUUGACUCAUAGGUCUUGAAAAAAUAUCUAUGAA